AAGCGACUCUCGUGCUUCUUCACGCGCGGCUCCAAGUUGCUCUUCUUGGCGGAAUUGGGAGCAUCCUACAAAGAAAGAGGACAUGUCGGGCCGGUUGAACUAUCAGCAUGCGGCGUAUGCCUGGCGCCAGGAGCAGGAGAAUAAUCGCGUGGAGGCCAUACACAAGGUGAAUCGCUACUACGACCAUUGGGGCAAGGUGACGUCACGCUUUCAGAACUGGACUAAUCAGGCUUACUAUGAGAAGGCCGACAAGAAGCUGCAGGAGAAAAAGAGCCAACAGCAAAAGGAGCAGGAGCUGAGCGAGCGUCGCGCCAAGCUGCGCCAGCUGCUGGAACAGGAUAAUGACAUGUAUGAUCAGGAGCUCGGACGCAAGCGUCGGCCUCGUCAACCUACUGCAGAUCUUCAGACUCUGGAGCGCGUUAACCAGUCCAUCAAGGAGCAGGAGCAGCUCAAGCGCAAACUGGAAAUGGAGGCCAAGCUAUACGGCCGCUGGCGUCACGGCGUCGACGACGAGAAGCUGCUCUUCCAGUCCAAGUCGAACAACGAGGUGCUGGCCAAACUCAACUGGCUGGACAAGCAGAUCGAGCAGCAGCAGCAUCGCGAGGAGCGCGAGGCGCUCAUUGCCCAACAAAAGCUGCUGCUCCAGCAGGAGAUCAGUCGCACCGAGCAGGAGCAGAAGGAGCGCCAGCUCAUACGCGAGCAGGAAAUCAAGGAGAUACGCGCGCUCCAGGAAUCGCAUGUCGCGGAGCUGAAGGAGCGCCAGGAGCAGGCGGAGAAGCUGAAGCAGGAGGAGCAACACCUACGCCUCUUCAUGACCGAGCUCGAAAAGGAGAAGAACCUGCUGGAGGAGUCCACGUCUCUCAUGCUGCGCCAGUCGGACGUCAACCAGGCCUACAAUCUGAAUAAAAUCAAGCUCUUCAUACGCAACCGCAACGAGGCAUUCCGCAAGCAGAUCUCGCUCUGCGUGAACAUGCUCGAGCGGAUGGCCAAGUAUGCCAUCAAGCCGGAGGAGCUGCAGCAGGUGCUGGAUAAGUGUAAGGAGCAGCUAGAGGCCGAGACACUGGCCGCCGGUCAAAUCGAUGCCUUGUACGAGUCAGAGGCCAAAUACAAGCUGCAGCAAUUCGAGGAGACUUGGCGUGAGCAGCACUUGCGGCGCUUCAGCGACAUCAACAAAAUCAUCGAGCAGGAGCAGCAGCUGCUGAGCGGCAUGCUGCGCGAGAAUGUCGCCGAGCAGGAGUCGAUCGUCGAGCUGCGCGCCACCCACCUGGCGGGCAUUGAGCAGACCACCAAGCAGCUGGAGCAGCUCAACAAAGAGCAGGAGCUCUCGUCGCCACGCUCAACAGAGGCCAUCGAGAACGUGCCAUGUGAUAAGCCGAAACAGCCAAGCGCCUCUCUCAGUCAGGCCGAUCUCAGCGAGGAGAACGAGCUGAUGCCCAAGGUCAGCGACUCCUUUACCAAUCUCAAUCUGGAUGUCUGGCAGGAUCUGCCGCCCGUGCGUGGCAACGUCGACCCGCCACGCCUACACAACACGCGCUCAUUUAACGUGGUCAAUGCGCAGAACGCCGUUCCGCCCAAGUUUGCACGCAAACGCGUUGUCUGGACCUAAUUAAUCGAGAGACGCACCGUUUAAAUUUUAAAUGUAUUAUUAGCCUAGAUAAUCAAUGUUUUAGUUAUAGUUAAAUGUCAUUGUAU